AACCCGUAAAUACCCUGCGGCAUUUUUCCCCGUCUGGGGAAAAAAAAGAGUGGUAUCGCUUUAAAUACUAAUACGAUACCUUAUCUAGAUUAUUCUGGCUCCUCCUUUCUUCUGCUCAUCAGUACAUCUGCCAUUUUUUCAGGACAUAAAAUCUGGAGCAAGAGGCCUGGUGAAACAUGACUCACAAUCCGGUGAUCCUUCAGUUCAAGUUCUCGAACUAUGGAGAUUCCAUGUUGCAGAAAAUGAACACCCUGAGGAAGCAGAGCCGGUUUUGCGACGUAACGGUACACAUUAACGACCUGGAGGUGCCGGGGCACAGGGUGGUGUUUGCGGCUGGUUCUCCGUUCCUGAGGGACCAGUUCUUCCUGAAUGAUUCGAAGGAAGUCAAGAUCUCUAUGUUCCAGGACUCGGAGGUUGGGAAGCAGCUGCUGCUGUCCUGUUACACGGGGGCUCUGGAGUUCCCCGAGCUGGAACUUGUCAACUACUUGACCGUGGCCAGCUUCCUUCAGAUGGGGCACAUCGUGGAGCAGUGCACCCGGGCCUUGUCCAAGUUCAUCAAGCCGAGAGACGCCCUGAAUGACGAGAGGCGUCCCAAGAGCCCCGAGAAAGCAACCGAGUUGCCUGCUGAGCCCGUGGCGGUGGACGUGGACGAAGAAGAAGAGGAGGAGGAGGAGGAGGAAGAGGAGGAGGAGGAGGAGGACGACGAGGUCAUCGUGCAGCCCAGGUCUCCGCCGCCGCAGCCGGAGGAGGAAAACCCGGACGGCGAGGAGGACGGCGCCAUCACCAUCGUCAAGGUGGAGUCCAUCGCGGAUGUUUCCAACAGCAAGCUGCAAAAUCACUUCCCCAGCCCUGUCCCGGCAGCGUCUCUCCACAGCCCCGAGCCCCAGCACUCCCUCAUCAACUCCACCGUCGAUACCCGGAUGGGGGACAUAGUGGCACAGCAGUCUCAAAGCUACAGCGUCACUACCAACACCGCUGCCCUGCUUUCUGGGAAAACUGCAUUUGGGGGGCACUUGAGAUCCUCGGACAAGGGCCUCCAGUGGUACCACCAGUGUCCCAAGUGCGCCCGGGUCUUCCGCCAGCUGGAGAACUACGCCAACCACCUGAAAAUGCACAAGCUCUUCAUGUGCCUGCUGUGUGGCAAGACUUUCACCCAGAAGGGCAAUCUCCACAGGCACAUGCGCGUCCAUGCGGGCAUCAAGCCCUUCCAGUGCAAGAUCUGCGGGAAGACGUUCACGCAGAAAUGCUCGCUGCUCGACCACCUCAACCUCCACAGUGGGGACAAGCCCCACAAGUGCAACUACUGUGACAUGGUGUUUGCACACAAGCCUGUCUUAAGAAAGCACCUCAAGCAGAUCCAUGGAAAGAACAGUUUUGACAAUGCCAAUGAAAGAAACCUCCAAGAGGUCACCAUAGAUUUUGACUACAGCAGGAUCCAAGACAGCAACACAGACAGUGAUCAAGCCUUGACCAUUGAAGAGCCCAUGUAGUCUUCAUUUCAUUUCGAACCCCGGAACACCGGUGUGCUCAGACAUUUUCAAAAUAGCUUUUUUCAGAAGGUUGAUACCAAAUGUUUUGUUUUGUUUUUUUACAGUACAGACCUCAGUUCAAAGCUGCAAAGAACGCUGUAGAAGAUUAUUUUAUUUCCUAGGUGUGUUCAUAGUGGAGUUAGAGGGCUUUCUUUCUGUCUUGUACAGGAAUGUACUUUAGGAUGUUCUUAUUUGCUGUAUCCUGUAGUAGUUGUUCCUGAAGGGAUUUUUAUAGCUCUCUUCUAUGUUCACUGGCAUAUUGUGUAGAACUAGAGAAAAACGUCUCUACAAAAAUAGUUUUGUAGAUGUUAGAUGACUCCAGCCAAAAUGCUCAAAUAGGAAAAAAUAUUCUAAGCACUUAUUCAGCAAUUACCAAUCCAGCUUUUGUGGCCAGUAUACAGUACGUCAUACAUAAACAGUUUUGUCCUUAGCGUCAACUUAGUGAUCCAAGCCAGACUGUCACAACCUCCUGUUGUGAUGCGAACCGUUUCGAUUUUAUUGCUUCUUUUAAGGAACUGUCAUGGAAAAACAUGACAAACCACUGUUUUUAAAUGGGCUCCUUCUGGCAUAAUUUUCCCACAGAACUGCAGUUCUCUGAAACGUCAAUGGGUGGUGAUGGGAAAAUUUGAUAACUAGGAAAAAAAAACAAUCAGUUUUGUGUUAUUGGUUCUGUCAGGAACAAAAACAAAACCCUCGAGUGUCUCUGCUCAGAGAGCAAAGGCUGGGAGAUGCUCUGUAUUGAAAUCUUUUAAUGUAUCAUCUCAUGUUCUGUGGAUCCUGACAUUUUAAUGAGGCGAUAGAAAGUUGGCAGAAGCAGGUUUUGGCAGAAAGCGUCUUGUCAGAAUGUUUCAGAAACUGCCUGUGCGCAUACAGUUGUGACGUUCUGAAUGGCUUUCGUCUGGUGAUCAUGCUGGCUUACCGUUCUUGCCUGUUCUGUACCAACUCACAGAACGAAUGGGAAGGACAGUAUCAGGAGGAAAGGAGAAAAUGCCAGUAAGCUGCGAGACCACUGUAAAGACUUUCACAAAAGAUUGAAAGUUUUACCACAGUGGAAAAGGAGAAUGCAAAAUCCAUAAAACAUGGCAGGUUGGAUAUUCUAUGACUCUAUAUACAGUAUAUUGAAACUGUGUUGUUUCAAAGACACUUUUCCAGGUGCUCUUCAGUGUGGAUUGUAGUUGUGAGAACGGGCUCGAUUAAAACUUUCUUUUUCAUCUUAGGAAAGGUGCAUUGAGAUUCUCUCAUAUAGCUUUUAGUCACAGAAACACAACCAGAAAUACAUUUAGCAGUUUUCGGGAUCAGUUAUUUUGAAAAACAAAACUACAGGAAGUUAAAUAAAUAAAAUAAUGACUUUUAAUCCUGUUCAAGUGUGCUUUUCAAUGAAUAAAGCUUGCUGUCCUUCUGCAUACAGGACCCCCUCUGGUUUGAA